AUGAAUACUGCGUACAAUUCUUUGCUGGACCCGGACUCAUUGCGACAAGGAGCUGAGGCCAAAUUGUACGAUUGUGUUUAUUUGGGGAAACCAGCUAUUCUAAAAGAAAGAUUUUCAAAAAAAUACCGGCAUGAAGAGCUUGAUAAACGGCUAAAUUUCGCUCGUUUACGCGCAGAAAUCAGAGGAAUCAAUAAAGCCCAGCAGGUAGGCGUGAAAACGCCUGCAAUUUACUUUGUCGACACAAAUAGACACAUACUGAUUAUGGAACGAGUUGAAGGGCCAACGGCAAAAGAUUGGAUUGAGAGCCAGCGACAACGUGCCGAAGAAGAGUUCAAGGUUCAAGCAAAGUUUGGAGAAGUUCUUGGUGGCGAAAUUGCAAAGAUUCACCUUUCUGGCCUGGCAACCUACAUCUCAUCGAUUUCGGACUCGCAAAUUCGGGUAAUCGCUGAAGACAAAGGCGUCGAUCUAUAUGUGCUAGAACGGGCUAUUCAAGCAACGCAUAUCAAUUGUGAACACAUCGUCGAUGCCAUACUUAAUGGUUAUAAAUCCGUAAAUGCUAAACAAGGAGAAGCUGUUAUGGCAAGACUAAUUGCAAUUCGACUACGAGGACGUAAAAGAGAUAUGGUUGGA